ACACAAAGAAAAUGCAUCUUCAAGAUUAAGAUACACACAACAAUCUGUACAACACAAGUGCGUCAGAAUUUUCAGAACCUGCGGUUCGCUGGAAACCGAAAAGUAAAUCAUUAACAACUAAAUGCCAUCGAAGAAUAGAUAGGCCUUGUAGAUAGCCCAAAACACUGUGUACAGAUACAAUCCGUCCGGUUUAACCAUGCUGUCGCAUCUGCGAAAUACAUCCGAGGUCGUUGCGGUUCUGGCUUCCAUGGGCCUUGGAUUGAUUCUAACCGUUUUCCUGGCUACGACACCGAUUGCGAUCGAAGCCACCCAGUCCGGCAUUUACGUGGACAAUGGCAGGGAUCAAACGAUCAUGCAACGAGUCCUGAGUGAGGACGACAAGCUAGACGUGUCGUAUGAGAUACUCGAGUUCCUGGGCAUCGCCGACCGGCCCACCCGCCUGAGCAGCCACCAACUGUCGCUGAGGAAGUCUGCCCCCAAGUUCUUGCUCGACGUUUACCACCGCAUUACGGCAGAGGAGGGAUUGGCCGGUGACCAGGACGAGGAUGGGCGUAACCGUCGCUCCAAGCGCAGUCUCGAUCUGGAGGAGGACAACGGCGAGGCAAAAAAUCUCAUUACCGAUCUAGACAAGCGAGCCAUCGACGAGAGUGACAUCAUUAUGACAUUCCUCAACAAGCGCAACCACAACGUAGACGAGCUCCGCCACGAGCACGGACGACGUCUUUGGUUUGACGUCUCCAACGUGCCUGUGGACGAUUACCUGGUGAUGGCCGAACUGCGCCUCUACCAAAACUCCAACGAGGGCAAGUGGAUGACCACAAACAAAGAAUUUACCAUCACGGUAUACGCCAUUGGAACCGGAACUCUCGGACAGCGCACCAUGGAGCCACUAUCCUCGGUGAACACCACCGGCGACUACGUUGGAUGGUUGGAGAUGAACGUUACGGAGGGACUUCAUGAGUGGCUUAUUAAAUCCAAGGAAAAUCACGGCAUCUACAUCGGUGCCCAUGCUGUGAACCGACCGGAUAGGGAGGUAAAGCUGGACGAUAUCGGGCUGAUCCACCGCAAGGCCGACGACGAGUUCCAGCCAUUCAUGAUCGGCUUUUUCCGUGGACCGGAGUUGAUCAAGACCAAUGCCCACAGUAGCCACCACAGGAGUAAGCGCAGCGCCACCCACCAACCUAAGCGUAAGAAGUCGGUGUCUACGAACAUGAAUCCUCUGCAAAACGUUCCCAUAGAGAGCACGCGCAGCUGCCAGAUGCACACCCUGUAUAUAGACUUCAAGGACCUGCUGUGGCACGACUGGAUCAUCGCACCGGAAGGGUAUGGAGCGUUCUAUUGCAGCGGCGAGUGCAACUUUCCGCUCAACGCCCAUAUGAACGCCACCAACCAUGCUAUCGUCCAGACCCUGGUCCACCUGAUGGAACCCAAGAAGGUGCCGAAGCCCUGCUGUGCACCCACCCGACUGGGUGCCCUGCCAGUGCUGUAUCAUUUGAACGACGAGAACGUAAACCUGAAAAAGUAUAGAAACAUGAUUGUGAAAUCGUGCGGGUGCCAUUGAGUUUCGAUUUACCAACCCACCUAGGCUAAGAAUCAAGAAAAAAUGAAUCAUUUCUGUGUAGAUGUCCGUCUCUGUACUAAUCUCGAAUAUUUUUUAUAGAAAUAUACAGCGCUGUACCUAACUACCAUAAAUUCGGACCAGACCUUACUCGCGGGCUGUGAUCCGGCAUCGUCAAUCUAUUUUAUGCGACUUGUAUUGUCGCUAAUGAUAUUAAUAGUGCCUUACGGAGCGUUAACUAUGUGUAACUCGAAAAUUCCAUACAGACGCUUAAUAAACGGCCAUAAACUUA